UUCAACACGGACACGUUGCUGCGCAAUGUGAUUAUUUACGAUGCUAGUAAUAUAUAAUUAAAAAUUAGUUUUGAUUACGCAUAGUCGUCCAUAAAAAGAUGGAUAAGUCGAUUACAAGCAAUCCCGCUUCUUCAGAACCAGUGGCCGGUGAAAACAAAGGGGAAGGCAAAGAUUCAGCUGUUGUGUCAGGCAAUACAGCAACACUGUCCCUGCCUGAAACUAAUCUAGUGUGUAUUGAAUACCCUGGAGUUGUAAACAAUUGUGACAAAAUGCUGGACAGCAUUGGGCGGGAAGAAGGGGUAUCCAAGAUAUAUGGAGAUUCCUCCAAAAGACUGGAACUCCGCUUUCGGCCGAAAGACCCAUUCUGCCAUCCUGUGUAUGGUAAUCGUUACUCCUCCACCAACUUGCUUCUCAAGGUGUGUCGCAGAACACGCAAAGGAAACAGUGGGGAGACCCAAAUCAGCAUGGAGAUUGUGGGACUCAUAGGAACCACCUAUAAAUUUCAAGUAAUGGCUGACUUCCAAUAUCUGGCAACUCACAAUGAUCCAGAUGGCAAACAGGUGUCUUUGUAUGACAAGAUCAUUUUGAGUAAACCUGAGAAGAAAGAAUUCUACGACAAACCGGUGCCUCUGUUCCUUCCUCCUCCCAUCUUCUCCCGUCUGGACACGCCUGUGGAAUAUUACUAUCGGCCGGAUGUACAACACAGCAACAGGGAAUCUGCAGUCCAGUCUGUUUUCUAUAAGGAUCAUCUUAUUGCCCAGAAUCGGGCUCGCCGGCCAAACAAUGCCAUUUUUGUCAACUUUGAUGACAAGACCAUACCAUCAGAGCCUCUGGAAGCUGCUGUGAUCAGCUGGAGGAAGCUUAGUGUUCAUACUAGUGAUUUAAAGGCAGAGGAACAUAUGAAACAGCUUUUUGAGACAAGGCCCAUAUGGUCCCGCAACGCCAUCAAGGCCAAUGUCAACAUUCACCCAGAAAAACUGAAGCACCUCCUCCCAUUUAUGGCCUACUACAUGUUGACAGGGCCGUGGAGGAGUAUGUGGGUCAGAUUUGGUUAUGAUCCUCGGAAGAUACCAGAAGCAAAAAAAUACCAGGUUCUGGACUUCAGGAUCCGCUAUGGAAUGAAACACGGAUAUGGAGUUAAUGACAUGAUGGUGAAACCUAAGAGAAGUGCUUAUCAUUACAGUCGUCCAACCACUGUCCACAGGGCAGUUCCCCAACCUGCUAGUGUGACUGACAUCAUCCAAGAGAGUCCUUCGACAUCACGACCCAAACCUGCCACUGCCAAAUACAUUCUGAAGGAGUCUGUUUACAUAUUCCGGGAGGGGAUGCUUCCUCCUUACCGACAGAUGUUCUAUCAGUUGUGUGAUCUGGAUGUAGACAAAAUAAAGGCUGUUAUUCAUAAGAAUGAUGGCAAAGAGGAAGUGUGUGAUGAGAGAGAUGGCUGGUGUUUGCCCCACACGGCUGAUGAGCUCAGGAAUAUCAUCUCUGGAAUGAUCCAACAUGUCGUCCGUGCCAACCGACCAGCAUCAUCCACCCCAAAGUCUAAAAGAACUCAACCAAAAACUGUCGACAGCGGAGAGGAGGAUGAUGAAGACGAAGAAGAUGAUGAUGACAACGAAGAUUACAAGCCCUCUGAAGGGAGCGACAAUGACAUGGAAACUGAGAUUGCAGAUUACAUGUAAUUCUACUUUAGUUUAAUGUAUGGCACUUGUAAAUGGUCUUUGUUUGAUGUUUGUUUGAUUUUACCAGA